UUAGUUUACGUCGUGCAAGCAAUGGUGGUGUUAUGAUAAAAAAUCAUUAUUAUUAAAAAUCAGUAUUGUGUUGUGCGUUAUGUCGUUGGCAAUGCUACUGAAAUGCAUGGUAUAAUAAAAUGAAUCCUUUCGUUUAUCCGAUUACGUUAAAUGUUAUUUAGAUAUGUAAUGAUUAUCGGGUAAUUUCAUGGUUGUUUGUCUUUAUUACUUUGUAGAUAUGAAUAAACAUGGAUAUAUAAAUUUACAUGAGUAAUUAAUGAAAAAGUUUUGUUAAAAAAACCCAACAUGCUUUACGUUUUCCAUGUAGAUGCUGGUCAAAUGACCACUUAUGAUAUGAAUCUAACUUUACAAAGUGUUGCCAGCUUAAAAACAGCUAUAGAAAGAAAAACAAAGAUUCCUGCAUCUUCUCUUGUGCUUCUCGUAAGUGGAGGAGAAGUUUUGCAGUCAGAUCACAUGGUAUCUUCCUACAGUGCUGGUACAGAUACUAAUCCUAUAUACAUGUUUAGUAAGCCGUCAGUAAAGGAAAGCCAUUUACAGCAAUCAAUGUGCGAUCUCAGUCCUAUAGUGGAAUUGAGUACAGGUGAAUUUCGAAGCGAUAGUCGAAGUGCUUUUGAUGGGAAAUCAGUGGCAGAGCUGAAAAGUGCAGUUGAGAAAUGUUGCUCACUUCCACGCAACUUAGAAACAGUUAUAUCAUGUGCUAAUUUAGCAAAACAGUUCAGCAAUCUCGCUCAUGAUGUAUCCAGGAGUUGUGAUCAGUUAGUACUUGAACAGCAUUUACAACAUCAGGGUUGGGCAGCUGUUGUUGCAAAUUUGGAAGAUAUAUUUAAUGAAUUCUGUGAAAGGUCAAAAAGUUUCAAAGAGUCUUUUAGAAAGCAUAGAUUAAAAAAGGAAGAAUAUCAUGAAAAGUUAAAUACAUUAAAUGAUGUGCUUGAGUCAUUAGGAAAAAUUCCAAUACUUUCGGCACUGCAAUUAAACGCAGAAGCUCACCGGUUUUCUGCUUUUGAUGUUUUUGAAGAUACAGAUUUCGAAGGUCAUCAUUAUGGCGUCAAUCCGGCAUUGGGAAGCAGCUCUGAAAAUAGAACUGCUGAUUUUGGUACUGGUGUAUUCAAGUUAUCAGAGGAGGAUGUGUUUGAUCAAAGGAAUACUUCGACUAGUAAUGAUGGCGCGACUUCGUCAGAGGGUGGUCAAGUUAUUGAAGAUUCAGAUGAGGGGGUAACAUUUAAAGCUCCUUCCUGUGAGAGUAAGGAUGAACCGACAUUAUUGCAUUGGAUACUUGCUCAAGGGAAUAAAGCUUCACUGCAAGACAUUCUCGACUACUGUCAGAAGGGUCUGGCUUUGAUCGAUGCUGAGCCUUUAAAAGAACGUGAAGCUGAAUUGUAUCAUAUACUUGAGUAUGCGAACAUGCAUGGUUUGAAGCAAAUCAAAGGUAUCGAGGACCGCUUGUAUGGAUUAGACCAGCUGCUAAGUGACGUGAAAAAAAUCGAGCGAGAUCAACGUGAUCAAGCAGCUUCUCUCAUUCAGUAUCGAGAGCGACUCAAUACUGUCUGUGAUCCGUCUGUGCUUCCCACGCUGGUGGAGUCGCAUUGGCGUCAACUAGAGAAGUUACUAAAAGGUCAUCAGGAGCUGGUCGAAAUCAGACGGCGCAUCACGAAAUCUAAAGAAGAACUGUCGCAUAACUUAAAAGCUAGACUAGAAGCGGUGCUGAAGAUCGAGAACUCGAUGUCGGUGCAGGACGCGCACGCCAUGCUGUCGUUCCAGUGCUUCAACCGCCUGGCGCGGUACUUCGGCAUCGUGUCGCAGCUGCACCGCGCGCCCGCAGUGUUCGUGCGCGCCGUGCACGAGGUCGCGCGGCGCCGGACCUUCUCGAGCGCGCACCUCAAGUGGGCAACGGAUUUAGCUGAAAAAUUACUAAAAAUUCACGAAGAAGAAGUUAAUCGACGUCAGGAGUUUAAUACCCACUUCGACGAUCACUUCCUUAAGAGCCUCUUUCCCGGUAUGACGGACCUUCCUCCGCCGUUUGCGACACAAGCGCCACCGCCGUUCGACGCAAAGUUGCCGAAGCUCACACAUGAGGAUGUUGAAUUUAUAACCGAUUCCUUCCCGGAUUUGGGAACCGAUGUUCCAAAGCAUGAUAUGGAGCUUAUUGUUAAAUUCUUUCAGCAAAGACUAAAUGCAUCUGAACAUGAAGAAAAAGAUGUGGAUGUUCAAGUUGAUUUUGAGAAAGAUUUUGAAUCGGAGACUGAUACAGAUUUCGAGAAACUUAGUCGGCAGAGUGGGUCGAAGCAAAAGAUGGACAUCUCCACGACUUGCGUUCCGGACACGAUGGCCGUUUCGACCGUCACUGAGGACAAUAUGGAUACUCAAAAAAUUAAUAUCGAAAAGUUACAAGACUUUCUAAUACAAGUAUUUAGUUUAUGCAAAAUAAAUAUAGUUCUGAUAAAGGAAGAACUAGUCAAGCUUAAAAAUGAAGUUGAAGAGCAAAAGAAGUUUACAAAAACCAUAUUUCAAUCAAUAACUGAAGCAUGGGAGAGAAAUAACGAAGAAGCAGAAAUAAGGCUUCGUGAGCAAACUCAAAGGCUGACCGUAGACCAUGAGUUAGAACUGAGCGAUAUGAAGGCAGCUAUUAAUGAAAAAGAGAAUGCUAUCUGUAAUUUACAGAAAGAAACGGAUAAAUUAAAAUUAAUGCAUCAGAAUGAAAUAGAAAAAUUAGAGAAUGAUCAUCAAAGUACUAAAGAUUUACUCGAAAAAACGCGCGCAGAGUUAAAAGUUUUUGAGAAGAAAUUGGAAGAAGUCGAGCUUCAAAAACAAAAAGAUCUAAAAGAAAUCCAAGAAAAAAUGCACUUGGAAUACAAAGCCGAGAUAGAGUCAUUGAGAUCUAGGUUCCGUCUCGUGGCUCUGACAAAUAACAUGGAUCGAUCGCCAUCGGAGUCGAGUCUUGAGAAGAUCGAACGUACGGACGUCAUCGAGAUAAGCAAUCACAACGCCAUCGUAAUGCAGACGAAGGAGAACGCCGAAGUUGAAAAAGAGAAAGCCGUCAAAGAGGCCGUCGAGAAGUGUAAAGAGGAGUGCGAGCAGAAGUUAAGUGCGGAGACGACGCUGUUGAAAGCGAAAUAUGAAGCAGAUAAACAGGUAACGAUAAACGAUGUCACCCGCCGUCUGCUAUCAGAGAAGGACCGACAGCUGGAACUGUUGCGUGAGCGAGAACAGAUGUUGACGCGUGAGUGCAGCAAGUAUCGCGAUACCAUACAGCAGCUCACCGACCCAGAGACUAAUGAUUACGACAGCCUAUUGAAAACUCAGUUUGCAACUCUUGAAAAUGAAAAAGCUCUACUUCAGCAACAGGUAGCUGAUCUAAAGAAGGAGCUGGAAAAGAAGAGCGAUGAAGCUGAAAAGAGCAGAGAAGACGAGAAUAGCGACGGCAGGUCCCCCCCCCGCCCGCGGCGCGCGCGCUGCCACACGCCGCUGGGGCUGGCGAGCGGCGCGCUCAGCCUGUCGUCGUGCCUGCCCGGGCACACCGUGCUGGUGCUGUGGGACCCGCAGCACCUCAACUACACCGUGCUGCAGGAAGCAUCGAUAAUGUACUUCGUCCACGGCGACUGUUUGUCUGCUCUCGAUCUGAGUAUACAAGUGAAGAACGAGAGUGAACGACGACUCUAUGCAAUUGCUACGGUAGAAUCGAAGGAGUACUGUUACGCUAAGAAGAGUGGAAAUCGCUACCAAAUGCUUCGCGGCUCUCGCUUCUACCGCGUGCGUGUAAAGCCGUUGAAGCCGCACCUUCCACAUCCGUCUUGCUGUGAUCAAAAACACAAGCAGGAUGCAGAUUACAUUGCAGAAUCAAUGAGGAGCAGCGUGCUGCCCGUGUUCAGCGGCAACCGGCCGCUCAAGAAAUGGUUGACCUACGUGCAUGCCCCAGACAUGCAAAAGUCGCUGGACACCAGCCAAUCGACAAGUUCCAACACGGACGAGGUGAAUCGCGUGGAAGUCGCGACGGCAACCCUUAUCAACCUAGAGUCUCCCGUUUCCACCAGCGAGGCCGGGCCGCUGCCGAGCCUCGCACCAGAGGACCAGCUCGAUUCCAUCGAGUCCAGCGAACGUUGGCAAUCGGCUAAGAUGCAAAUGUCUACAGCGAGUGUCGUAACCGACAUGGAGUGUAGCGUGGGGCGCUACCCUGGGGCAGAGCCACGUGAGCCCUCGGCGGCGCCCGAGCUGGCCGAGGAGGCGGCGCCCUGACCCCCGGCCCCUGCGCGAGGCUGACCCGCCAGCUCGCCACAGGAGCAUCAGGAGACCCGAAGCUGUUUGUGAUAUUGUUUCGGUAAUCUAAGGAGUGGUCGCUGCUAUGUGUGCGAUGUAAAACGUGAAUCUGUUCUGAACGUUUCAUUUGUCGUUUUUAAAUUAAGAUUGCAAGGCGACCGAGAGUCGAUUUUAUCUUUUAGAAUAAUAGACUUGAUUCGAUACGUUAAUUUUUAUUAUAACGACGCAUAAAUAUAUCGAAAACGUAAGAAUUGAAAAGUGCGUAUCAUUUUGAACAUUUUAUUAAUGUUUCCACCUAAGUGACGUCUUCCAUGAUUUUAAAACAUAACAUGGAACACAGAAUUGCAAAAUUAUCUUUUUUGACAUUCGUAUAUUUUGUAUAAAUGUAAUGAGAAUUAUAAUAAAUUUUCAUAUAUUUUGGUAAUGAUUGGAAUUAAGAUUUAAUUUUUUUUUUAGGAAACUUGUAUAUAACAAGUCAAGUGAGUGCGGUUUAUUUUUUUCGGAUUUAAAUUACCUGCAGAUAUUUCUGCUCGAAUUGUUUUCGCUCGUGUGAUUUUCUUCUUAAUAGUACAAAUUCUUAUUUAGUCUUUCUGAAGGUUUAAGGACGUUAUUUGUUUUGCGUCAACAACUUCAUACUUUAUUGAUAUUUUUAAUUUGUGUUGUGGUGUAUCUUAUAUUUGUUCCUUAUGUUAUUGUCCAAAAGAUCAUAAAAAUAUAGCUAUAUUAUAAAUCUUAUAUUAUUAUUGGUGAUAUCAUAUUGUUUUGUAGCACAAAAAAUACUAUAUAAAUUAACACUCGUCUUUAUUUUGCUCAUAGUUACGUUUAUAUAAUUAGAGUACGUGAAAUAUAUUGUUCUUAUAAAAUUCGUGUCUAAAUACAGCUGUAGUUAGUUGCAUUGAUCCCUAAGAUUUGUCCUUAUAAGUCUAUUAUCUUGAUACCUAAGUCAUAGCGGUUAUAUAGAGGACCUCGGUCCUAUCGAUAAGAAUUAUCUUGUGUGUAGGCUUCCGAAUGAAAACGCUUAACAAUCGAUCUCGCUUCAAUUUUAAAUCUUCGACUACUAUAGCUUCCACACAACACCAUUAGUAGUAUUUUCAGAUAAAAGUACGAAUUUAGCUGUCUCAUAGUAUGGUUAAUAAUAAUUGUUACUAUUAAUCGAAGCACAGUCUUUUGCGUCCGAUAUAGAUUGUUUUAGCAAUUAUAUUCUAUAAUAAAAUUGAAAUCUGAAGCGCAAAUUUCAAUGUUUGUUGUAUUAAAAAUUAACGGGAGCAUGCUUCGUGUUAAAAUUUGUUUGUGGCCUUAAAAUGUGGCGCCCGACGUGGGGCUAAAAGUGUCUCUAAACUGAUUUAGGAUAAUACAAGAUGUAACUUGUUUAUUUUAAAUAUGGUUAGAGGCAUCGCUCGGCUUUGCCGACUGCUGUGAUAGUGCGUGCUGUGCUCUCCUCAGUCCCCUUGUUAAUGGUUUUUAAUAUGGCAACAUUAAUUUUAAUAAUUAUAUUAGGGCCUAUUAUUAAGGACGUAAUUUUAAUCACAAAAUUUUGGUCUACAUAAGAAUGCUUUGUAUUGGUAAAAUUGUUGACCUCUCUCAAGGCCCAGGUAAGCAAUAUGAAGUUCGAAGAGUGAUCGUAACACUGUGAGGAGUAGGCGGUAGGGGAGAUGAACAGUUGAUAAGAAUGACACGGUACUGUGAUUGGUUUAGCUAUAUGGUAACAACGACGUCGCAAUAAAAUGUAUCUUUGUAUUCUUUGUUAUUAAAGUAUCGGUGAAAGUUAUAAAAGUUGUUAUUGUAAAUAAAGGAUUAUUGACAACAUUGUGAGUCCGAAUCGAAUUUGCGCUGGACGCAAAUUGCAAUUACAGCCGAUAUUGGAAUUGUUAAUAUAAUUAUUGUGUUUGACAGUUUAAGGGACGGCUUGCAAAGUUGCAUAUGCAUAAUAAUUCUACAGUGUGAUCGCUUUAUGGACUAUUUUGUAGUGACCAAUUUUAUCGUUAGAAAAUAAAAAUGUAAAAUUGACAAUUUUAAUGUAAUUUUUAUAUACAAUAAAUAGACGAUUUUA